CUCAUUUGCUCCUGCAAGCUUGGGAAUAUGUGCUUCGUAUAAGCAACAAUAACGCUCCAUUUCUACAGAUAGAAAUCCCAGACACAGAGCCCCACUGUUCAACUGGUGAAUUAAACUGAGCCACCCGAUUAGAACUGUCUCUGAUUAAGCUAGUUUCCACAAGAGCACAAUGUCCAACAACAUGGCCAAGAUUGCAGAUGCUCGAAAGACAGUGGAGCAGUUAAAACUGGAGGUGAACAUCGACAGGAUGAUGGUGUCUAAAGCGGCCGCUGAGCUGAUGUCAUAUUGCGAAACUCAUGCCAAAGAGGAUCCCCUGGUGACUCCUGUGCCCUCCUCAGAAAACCCCUUCAGAGAGAAGAAGAUUUUCUGUGCCAUUUUGUAGCUGUUUAUAAUUAACUUGCAUCACAUUUGGGAAUUAAUUUCAAUUUUAGAUGAAGCAUUUUGAUUUUCAGAAGUUAUAUUUCAUUUGUGAAAUUCCUGUCAAAACACCAGCCCUCACACAGCUAUGUCCAACAGCCUUAUCCUAAUGGGUAAUGUCCAAUAAUCCAAAGGAACUGUAAAUGCUAUGUGAACGUUCUAAUCUACCAUUGGGUUGUAUAUAAUGUCUUCUUUGUGUUUCAGUAGAAUAAUUAUGCUGUUCGGUCCUAUUUUUUAAAUCAGCACUCGCUCCAUGUAGAUGUUGCCUUUAUGCUUCUUAUUU